AUGUCUUCGAAUAACUUGGAGAAUACUGUCUCUGCAGAACAGCACAGCUUGUCUGACAAGCAGCAGAGUGCCCAUGAGACCGAAGCAGCUUCCAAAGAGCUUCACUUGGUUACUUCCGAGGACUCAGUUGAGUUUGAAACGUCCAGGGGUGUUAGGAGAAUCGAAAAUGUCAGGACGAUGAUGUUGACGGCGAAAAACGGGAAACUGAUCAUGGUAACCUUUAUAGUGUGCCUCUUGAUUAUUGCCUGGGUCUACUCGUUGGAUUCCUCCACUACCUCAAGUUAUGCGGUGCCUGCUACCUCCAGUUUCAACAGACACUCGAUGAUUUCCAGUGUGAACAUCGCCAGUCUGAUCAUUGGCUCUGUGGUGCAGCCCUUCCAGGCCAAAUUUUCCGACAUCACCUCUAGACCGCUCUGUUUCGCUGUCUCGUUGGGAUUCUACACUAUGGGGGUUAUUGUUGCAGCUGCCUCGUCAACAAUUGGUGCUUACGUUGUAGGGUCGGUUUGCACCGCGGUUGGCUCCAACGGUGUAUCGUUCGUGAGAGACAUCAUUGUUGCCGACUUGACCGAUUUAAAGUGGAGAGGUGUGGCCAAUGCCUUGAUGACUUCGCCUUACAUCAUCACCGUGUGGUUUUCGGGAUUGAUUGUCGAAGCUAUAUUGAAUCACAAUUGGAGGUGGGGAUACGGUAUGUUUGCCAUUAUCAUGCCUGUGGUCGUUCUCCCUGCAAUUUUGGUCCUUUACCACUUUGAACACAAGGCACAGAAACUCAUUCCAAAGGAGGAGAAGCCCAAAAAGACGUUCUUGCAAGUUGUUUGGGAAUCAGCCAUCCAAAUGGAUGCAUUUGGCUUGAUUCUCAUGGGCUUCGGCUGGGCGCUUUUAUUGUUGCCCUUUUCCUUGCAGCCAUAUGCCAAAGACGGCUGGGGAAACCCCAGUUUGAUCGCCAUGCUUGUUGUGGGUCCUGUCUUGUUAGUUGUGUUUGCAAUCUAUGAGUUCUUCUUUGCACCUUUUCCGUUAAUGCCUAGAAGAAUCCUCUACAACAAGACAUUUGUGUCUUCAGUGCUCAUCAACUUCAUUUACUUGCUUGCUGACGGCGUCAGGUCCCAGUACUUGACCAGUAUUUUGCUAGUGGGUAAAAAUUGGUCUUACCAAAACUGGACCUAUUUUGGUAACACCCUCACGGUGUCCUUGUGUUUCUUUGGCCUUGUCUCAGGUGCCACCUAUAGAAUUGUCCAGCGUUACAAGUGGUUGAACACUAUGGGUAUCAUCAUCAGAAUGAUCGCCUACAUUCUUCCAAUCAGAUCCAAGGGAACCAUGGCCAAUACUGCCUCUUUUGUCAUGUGUCAGAUCUUAGUUGGUGUGGGUUCUGCUUACAACACCGUGGGCACGAUCAUCGCUAGCCAGGCAAGUGUCCCGCACCAGGACAUGUCUUCGGUAAUGGCGUUGUUGCUUCUCUGGUCGACGGUGGGAAGCGCCAUUGGGUACACGAUUUCUGGAAGCAUCUGGACCUCCAGAAUGUACAUCUACUUGCGUGAGUAUAUUCCCCAGACAGUUGCGGAUGACGAAGUGUACAACUACUACACCGACUUGACCACCCUUUUCGACCUCGAAUGGGAUAGCCCCACCAGACAAGGGGCCGUGAAAGCCUUGGCAAAUAUCUGCCCCUACUUCUUUGUGGCGCCCGUCAUUUUGGAGUUCAUCAAUGUGUUGAUCAGUUUCACCCUCACCGACUACUACUUGGGAGACACCCACAAUGCGAUCGAGGACCAGAACGGUAGGGACCCCACUAACCAUGGCCGCGAGAAGAGAGAGAUCCCCACCACGUGGAAGGGCAAGUUCCUCUACUUGCUUUCGUGA